AUGGAAUCGUCCCUCUUACAUUUCCUUCGCCAGCGGAAUAUUGGUGAAGCUCUAAUCUCCGAAUUGGAAAAGGACAAAAUUGAUACUGCUGUGAUCCCUCUCAUGUCAGACCAUGAUCUGGAAAAAUAUGUACCACAAUUUGGGGACAGAGUGGCCUUGGUGGCUUUCUGCAGAAGAAAUCAACCAGCAAACAACAAAGCAAUAGACAGAAAACACCUGCUGGAAAAAGAAGCCACCAUCGAACAUCCCCUGGUCUCGAACCUCACCAAGAAGCUGGAUCCAGUACUCUAUACCUUCUUUCCGAAGUAUGCCCCACCAACUUUCAAUGCGUUGGUUAGCUGUACUAACUCCGGCGAUGUAGCUUUGUUCACCAGACAACCUGUCUGUGUGGUUUGCGCGUAA